UGCUCAUUGGGAGGAGGAAGACGGAUCUACGUGGAGUUUGUUUCAUAUUUAUGAGUAGGCUUUCGGUAUUGGAAGGAUAUAAAAAUACUGAAUGAUAUUUACGUGUUAUAACGUUGUAGUCGAAGGAUUCACUAUACACAAUACGACAAUACAAACUUCUAAGGAGUAUUUAAACAACACCAGAAGCAGGACUUUAUUUUCUGACAGAACAUAAAUCAUCUCACACACAGAUUGACCAUGUCGGACGUGAAACCAAAGGGUGUAGACACUGUGGAUGCCAGACAAAGCGAUGCAAAAGAGAGUUCGAGUGUCACAGAUCCUGGACUCGUUCAGAUGGAUGCCAAAUCACAUUCUGAUGAUAAUGUAGAUUAUCAAUACAAAACCAACUACCCCAAUCUAGGACAAUGUCUCAUCAUCAACAACAAGAAUUUCCACAAAAGAACAGGAAUGGGGGUUCGCAACGGGACAGACGAAGACGCAAAGAAGGUGUUUGAGACUUUCUCACAGCUGGGCUUUAAAGUCGGACAUUACAAUGACCUGACCGUCUCACAGAUGAUGGCUUUGUUAAAUAAAGCAUCUCAGGAAGAUCACAGUAAGUCGGCCAUGUUUGCGUGUGUGUUGUUGAGUCACGGAGACGACGGGCUGAUCUACGGCACGGACAACAGUAUCGAGCUGAAGAGGCUGUUUGCACAUUUCAGAGGAGAUCGCUGCACGUCACUCGUGGGAAAGCCAAAGCUUUUCUUCAUUCAGGCCUGCCGAGGCACAGACCUGGACUCUGGCAUUGAGUGUGACGGUGUAGGUGACGAGGAAACACAAAGGAUUCCUGUUGAAGCAGAUUUUCUGUAUGCUUACUCCACCGCACCAGGAUAUUACGCAUGGAGGAAUGUCGCUAAUGGCUCCUGGUUUAUCUCCUCGCUGUGCGACAUGCUCUUAAAAUAUGGCAAGCAACUAGAGAUCAUGCAGGUCAUGACGCGUGUCAACCACAAGGUGGCGCUGGAGUUUGAAUCCUCAUCCAAUCUUCCAGGGUUUGAUGGCAAGAAACAGAUACCGUGCAUUGUGUCCAUGCUGACCAAAGAACUCUACUUCCCUAAAUAAUUCACAUGGAUUUAACUGAUUAAGUUGCGAGAAUAGUUUUAAAAAGUUGAAGUUAAAAAUAUGAGCCCUCCUUUUAUUAAAUAUUUCCCUAAUGAUGUUUAACAGAGCAAGGACUUUUUCACAGUAUUUCCUACAAUAUUUUUUCUUCUAGAGAAAGGUUUAUUUGUUUUAUUUCAGCUAGAAUAAAAGCAGUUUUAAAUUUUUUUAAAAUCAAUUUAAGGACAAAAUUAUUAGCCUCUUCAAGCAAUAUUUGUUUCAGAUUGUCUACAGUAUAAACCAUCGUUAUACAAUGACUUGCCUAAUUACCCUAAUCUGCCUAAUUAACAUAGUUAAGCCUUUAAAUCUCACUUUAAGCUGAAUACUAGCAUCUUGAAAAAUAUCUUGUCAAAUAUUAAUUACUGUCAUCAUGACAAAGAUAAAAUAAUUUAUUAUUAUUA